AUGUCAAUUAAUAUUAAUUACCAAAAUACAACUAAGAUAUUAAAGAUCCCAUUUCCUCCGUCCAUUAGUGUAGAUGAAAUUGUACAAAUUCAUUUAAAAAAUCGAAUCAAAAACGUUAAUAAAACGGUGAAUGCAUUUAUCAUUUAUCGAAAAGAAUAUAAUCAUGUAGUUGCAAAGUUAAAUAUUUCAAGUAAAGAUGUAUCUAAAUUUGCUAGAAAUUCAUGGGAAAACGAGCCAGAAGUUGUCAAAGAUUAUUACCGACAGAUGGCAAAAAAUGUAAAAAAAUCUUACAAACAAAAGAGUCCUCUUUGUUUCAUCCAUAGCAAUCAAGAAGAUAGUACAAAUUCACUUAAUAUAGAUCAAAACUUUCUUAAUCAAAAUCAAAAAUUUCCCGAUGCUAAUCCUCUUUCACAUUCGAAUAUUGACCAAAACUCUCAACCAAUUGUAUCUGACAAUUUUAAAAAAUAUUUGACUAUGAAUGAAAAUGAAUUUAUGAAUUAUCUUUCUGAAGAUUUAGCAUUAACUUAUAAAGCAAUUGUUCAAUCGUUACCAGUUAAUGACUAUAUCUAG